UGGUCACAUCAUCGGUGCCUUUUCCAGCUUCUCUUCCCUAGACGACAAGCCAACAAGAUUCAUCCGCCCAUCCCACUCUCCCCAGUCCCCACGCAAAUCGCCACAAGCAAAUCGUCGAUCCUCGCCCGCCAGGUUGAUCCAUCGAUACAUCCCGCCGCAAGAACCUGUCGAUGGCAUUUUCUAAUGGUGAGGCUGAGCACCAAUGGAUACAGAAUGUCCAGUCAGGAGGAGCAGUUCCUUGUCUACCGCCUGAAGACUGUCCUAAUGGCUGGGCUACUCCUCCUGGUGACACAUUUAUGGUCAGAGGCCCAGAGUAUGUUACCACUAAGGUAAAAAUACCUGGUGGGCAGUAUCUUCUAAAGCCUCUGGGAGUUGAUUGGAUCAAAGGCCCAGCAAAAAUCUGCGAGGUCCUGAAAAACAAGAGCCAUCGUGUGAGGAAAGCCAUUGACGAGGAGGUUUCACAUGGUAAUCAGCCUUUUGUCUGGGCUUUCAACCUUCAACUGCCCAGCAAGGAGAACUACAGCGCGAUAUUUUACUUUGUAUCACUGGAACCUGCACCUGAGGGCUCUCUAAUGGAUCAAUUUCUGAAAGGUGAUGACGCUUUCCGGAAAUCCAGACUUAAACUGAUAGCAAAUAUAGUUAAGGGGCCUUGGAUUGUUCGAAAAGCUGUGUGUGAACAAGCCAUCUGCAUACUGGGCAGAGCGCUUUCCUGCAAGUAUGUUCAAGGAUCAAAUUUCUUUGAAGUGGAUGUGGAUAUCGGAUCUUCUAUAGUUGCAAAUGCAAUUGUCCAUCUGGCGUUUGGUUACGUGGCGACAUUGACUGUAGAUUUAGCAUUUCUUAUUGAGAGUCAAGCUGAAUCAGAGCUUCCUGAGAGACUUCUUGGAGCUGUAAGGUUCUCUGAGUUAAGUCCGGGUUCAGCUGGUACGUAUGAAGUGCCAUCUGAGGAGCAGCAGGAAACUGCUCCCAUUCUGCCUGCAAGAUUGUGGCGGAGUUUUUCCCAACUUCUACAAAACCCGAGCAACUCAAUGGAGCAGUCGCCUAGCUCAGAGAACAUCAACGGAAGCUUCCACAAAGAAGGUGCCGAUGGCAACACUAAUUGGUAAGUGCAGCGGACUCAACAUGGUAAUUAGCUACUGUCCUCUAAACCGCACAAUUAGGUACUUUCCAGUAAACUGCAUCUGUUAGAAAUUUACCUUCACAGAUGGCAAAAUAUUUAUAAUAUGCUUGUUUUUAAUAAGAAGAUAAACGAAAAUGAGAUCUGUCGAGUAACUGUGAGAAACAAUCACAGCUAGAUGGCAUAUUGAUAUGUUGUGACUUGUUUGAUGAACUCUCAAGCCCAUUUUCCUUUUCUUAUGUUGGUAUAUUCCUGUGUUAGCUGAGCAUGCUGUACCACUCCUCUAUAUUGACAACAUUAUUAUGAUCUACUUGAGAGAAAAUUUAGACAAACAUGUUUCCAAAUAGGAUGUUCUCAUCAUCUCAUGGUGUACCCACCGGGGAACUGGUUAGUUUUGGUUAGUUUUGUAGCUGUUAUCUGACUCCCAUUCAACAUCUUGAUGCAUUCUAUCAUGGCUACAAAAUCUGU